CCCACAACUUUUCCUGCGACGACCGCUUUUCGUCUUUUCUACUGGCCAAACAUGCUUCAACUACAGAGAGCAACGCAGAAACAUGUCUCACGGCGGUUGCGCAGGGCUGCUCUUCAACUCGGAGCAUGGCAAGCCCAUCGCGGUCUGGCAACACCCUCCGGACCUUAUGACACUUUGAUUAUCGGCGGAGGUCCUGGUGGUUAUGUUGCCGCCAUCAAGGCCGCUCAACUUGGCUUGAAGACUGCGUGCGUGGAAAAGCGGGGAGCUCUUGGGGGUACAUGUUUGAACGUUGGCUGCAUACCCUCGAAAGCUAUGCUGAACAAUUCACAUCUGUAUCACCAAACCAAGCACGAUCUUCAAAAACGUGGUAUCGAUGUUUCCGAUGUUUCGCUUAAUCUUCCUCAAAUGCUCAAGUCAAAGGAGCAAUCCGUCACCUCUCUUACUAAGGGUAUAGAGAUGCUCUUUAAGCAGAACAAGGUCGACUACAUCAGGGGUGCUGCGUCGUUUGUCUCUCCCAAUCGUGUAGCAGUUAAGCUAUUGGAUGGCGGGGAGACUGCGGUCGAGGCAACAAAUAUCAUCAUCGCUACUGGCUCGGAAGUUGCCCCUUUCCCUGGUGGUGCCAUCGAAAUAGACGAACAACAAAUAGUAAGUUCCACGGGUGCACUUGAGCUACAAGAGGUGCCAGGCAAGAUGGUCGUCAUCGGAGGCGGUAUCAUUGGUUUAGAAAUGGGCAGCGUGUGGAGCAGACUAGGCGCUGAGGUUACUGUUGUAGAGUUCCUUGGUGGUAUUGGUGGCGCUGGCAUCGACGAAGAAGUCGCCAAACAGUUCCAAAAACUCCUCGCGAAACAAGGUCUCAAAUUCAAGCUGAAUACCAAGGUCUUAUCCGCCGAAAAGCAAGACGGUAAGGUCUUUGUGAAGACACAAUCUGCAAAGGGAGAUGAGGAGGAGACGCUCGAGGCCGAUGUUGUCCUGGUGUCUGUGGGUCGCCGGCCAUAUACCGAGGGCCUCAACCUUGAGGCUGCAGGUGUGCAAUUGGACAACAAGGGACGCGUUGUUAUUGACGACCAGUUUGCUACAUCGGCGAAGCAUAUCAGGUGUAUCGGUGAUGUUACAUUUGGGCCUAUGCUGGCGCACAAGGCUGAGGAAGAAGGCAUUGCUGCCGUUGAGCACAUCAAGCAUGACCAUGGCCAUGUCAACUACAACGCAAUUCCAUCUGUUGUCUACACCCACCCCGAAGUUGCAUGGGUAGGCAAAACUGAGCAGGACCUCAAAGCUGCUGGCGUCAAGUACAACAUUGGGAAAUUCCCAUUCGCUGCCAACUCACGAGCAAAGACCAACCUCGAUACGGAGGGUUUCGUUAAAUUCCUUUCUGAAAAAGAGACGGAUCGGAUUCUCGGUGUUCACAUCAUCGGUCCCAACGCCGGCGAGAUGAUUUCGGAAGCCGUACUUGCCAUGGAGUACGGUGCCAGUUCAGAAGACAUUGCAAGGACAACCCAUGCACAUCCCACGCUCAGCGAAGCCUUCAAGGAGGCUGCUAUGGCUGCGUACAGCAAACCUAUCCACUUUUAGACAGGCUAGUUAGGGACGAUGUGAUAAAUCACCAUGCUAAAUGUUGAUGCCAGUUGCACACCUUGGGGACGAGCAUAUGUAUGUAGCCUGAUCAUGCGUGUCCUUUCAAUGGAAAUCCGUAAAACCUAG